CCCUUUAUACUGACCUACAUCAAUUGUAGAAUACUCUAGCAACUAAUGGAUCUCUAGCUUAUAUAUAUACCUUCUCUACUAUUUCACUCAUAUCAUAUUCUAAUCGGAACGUCUAUUUGUCCUUGAACGAUACGCUUACAGGUCAAACUAAUGGAAUGACAGAAUCGCUAGAAGACUAUAUUCGACGGAUUCAAGGCUACAGCCCGGUUUUCGAACCUGGCAGACAAACGCAGAUCGAAGCACCCCAACUCCAGGCCGGACGAGUCAACCGCAUCCUCUUCUAUCCCGGCAGUUUCAACCCUCCGCAUGUGGGCCAUAGCGCCCUGCUCCAGCAUGUAUUCAAGACGAGUGCAAGCCACAUGAAUUUCAUUGCCGCCGUGGUGUUCCCUCUGGAUGAUGAGGCACUCGUGGAGAGACUAGAAUCGGACAGGAACCCCUUGGUAUUGAAGAAACACGAGCGGAUCAGGCUUUGGCGUGGUCAUGGACCGGCAGCUGGUCAUGUUUGGGUGUACGAUCACCCAGUCAGCAGCUGGUGGCAGUUGCACGACAGACUCAUCCAAGAUGUCGCCCGCGAUGGGUUCAAAUUGGAGAUCUCUGUUCUUUUUGGUCCGGAUAAUCUGUCCCAGUUGGAAGAAUUUCCUGCUCAGCCAUGGGGCUGUAACGAGUGUCUCUUCAGUGAUAUCGGCAGAGACGCCGUGAUCACCUCCGGGCAUAAGGACAGCAGUCCUGGUCUGACGCCAUUGAAACAGCUCGAUCUCUAUGGCCCCUGGGAACGAACUGUCGUCGGUUCUCUCUGUCGUCGGGACGAUGACCCUCCCUCAACAAUACACUUCAUACCGAAGCCUGACGAUCAAGUUGUACCGCAAACCAGCUCCUCAGAGAUUCGACGGGCAAUUCGGAAUUCCCUGCCAGGUCGGUUGGAGAUUGAUCUGCAUGGUCUGGUUCUGAAUCCUGAUGUUUUGGCUGAAAUCCUCGCACGAAGGAGAUGAGGUAGUUGAAAAAAACAGACUAUUCUGCAACUUUUCAGGGUCUUCUAAAAAUAACCAGUAGCAGGGCCCCGACCUAUCAAACUACUGGUAUUACCAUUACAACACUGGUCCUUACAAAACCAGGCUC